CGCCCACCCAACCUCCCCCGUGCGCCGAGCCCAAACCGAAGCACCCUCCGGGGAAACCUGAGGAGCGGCGAAGGCGGCGGGUCCCCCUCAGAGGCGCCAUGACCUUCCAGUGGAGCGCCGUGGCCGCUUUUCUCUACGGCGAGAUCGCCUUGUUGCUCCUGCUCUGCCUGCCGCUUGUCUCGCCCGUGAGAUGGAACAAAUUUUUUAUGAUCUCUGUAUGGAAUAAAAUUGCAAGCUAUUGGAACAAGGCAUUCCUUACUAUUAUAGUCAUAUUAAUUGUUUUAUUUCUUGAUGCAGUAAGGGAGGUGAGGAAAUACUCGGCUGUGCAUUUGAGUGAAGACACCAGCCAUUCCAGCCCCACCGCAUUUGAUCACCUCCAUAUGAAACUUUUUAGAUCGCAACGAAAUCUUUACAUAUCAGGAUUUUCCCUCUUUCUUUGGCUCGUCCUAAGACGUCUUGUUUCUCUUAUCACUUUAUUGGCGAACGAGAUGGAAACGGAGAAUAUUCUGAAAACAGAAGUAGCAAACAGCAACGAAGUCGCCCGGAAGUGCUUGGAAGAAAACGAAAAAUUGCAGCUGUCAUUGAAGGAAAUCAAACAUUCUACCGGUGAACAUUUGUCUACGGUAACCAACGAGAAGCUAACCAUAGAAGUGGAACAGCUAAAAACAGCAUUAAAGGCAACUUCUGAAGCUCUCUUCAAAACAAGAAAUGAAAUUAUGGCUGCUAGGAAGCAGUCCGAAGACCUCAAAAAAGAAUACGACCUCCUCGUAAAAGAACAUGAAAAACUACAGCAACAAACAGCGGGAGCCUCUAGUAAGAAAGAUCUUUAAAGCAGAACCAAGGACGUGUGCGUCAACCGGAAUUGUUUAUUUGUUUGGUUUUUACUUUACAGGUAUAUAUGGGGUUUCUUUAAGAAUAGAUUUCCUGCAUUCAUUGCUGAAACAUCACAGUUUAACAAUUGCCUAGACCUCCUUUAAUUUUGCAGCAGUGUUUUUGCCAAAUUUAUUUUAGUCGUGCCAAAAAGUGCAUUAAUUCCUUGUUACAAACUCUGUUUGGUUACAAAAUACGGAUGAGUUCAUACGGUGGAUUACUGUUCAAACCCCACGUCUGCGCCCUUUGGGUGCAAGGAACUAUUCAUAAGCUUAAAAUGGUACAUUGAAUGCCAGUAUGUGUUAUUUUUUUGUUUUAAAUCCGACAAGGGUGAUAUAAAUCAUUUUAAAAGUAUUCCUACUUGCCACUCUGAGAUUAUUAUUAUUUUUUUUAAAAAAAGCUUUAAAUACAAAGUAUUGUGAUGUUGAAAUUGCUUUCUACAUCACUUCCAACCUGAAAUGAAGAUGAAUUAAUAAGUCCACUUUGCUAGAAAUGAUCAGGAAUGUCAUCAAAUUUGGUCAGUAUGAGAAUUAGCCUAGUGACGUUACCUAACCGUACAGGUGAAAUUAAGACAGUCGGCAGAAAUAAUGAAAUUGGUUCAAAGCAAUCUAUCUGAGCCAGAUGUUUUGAGACUGCAAUUCUUAAACUUACCAUCUGAUUUCCCCCUUUUGGGGAAUCCCUGCCCAGCCACAUCUGUCAUAUCGGGAGAAGGACUGUGUACUUUAUUUUUAUAUAUAUAUUGAAGGAGAUGUAUAAGUUUUGUUCCAGGCUGUAGAUUUUCACUUUAACAUUCAUUCGUUCAAGAGUUUACCUAGCUAUUUGCCAGUAUCUCGCGUUCCACAAUGGAUAAUGCUUUUUUUGGGGGGGGGGGAAAUUAAACAGUAUUUACUGAGCUGCAUUUUCUGUGAUUAAUUACACUGUACUUGUGCCGGGUUGGAUUCCGGCAUGUUUCUCCGGAGGAUACAAGAGAGGCUUUAGGUAAAAAGAGGGAUCUUUCUGAUCCCUUAAGAUCUCUUAACCUUCCUGAGCAACUUCACAAAGAGAAUUUGCCAUUGACGGGAAAAUCUUUUCUCGUUUGCUUCCGCUGUCAGCAGGGGAACGCUGCCGAAUCCAAAGCUGAACGCGGCUCGUUGCUUUCAUUCUCCCCAC